AUCAUAAUCAGUCUGUACCUGCGACGCUAGCGAUAUCUUGAUUUGAUUGUUCUACCGUCAACGAAGAGCACAAUGAGCUUAAAAAAUAAAGUUGCAAUAGUGACGGGCUCGAGUUCAGGGAUUGGGGCAGCAAUUGCAGUGAAGUUCAGCAGCGAAGGAGCCAAGGUUGUGCUCGUCGGUCGGAACCAAACCAAACUCAACGCAGUUGCGGUGAAGUGCAACGAUCCGCUCGUCGUCAGAGCCGAGUUGGCCAAUGAUGAUGACGUCAAACGUAUUCUCGACGAAACAAUACAGACGUUCGGCAAACUUGACAUUCUUGUGAACAACGCUGGAAUAUCCUUAUGUGGAAGUCUUUUCACUGGAGAUCUCAUGAGAUCCUUGGAUGAACUGUUCAAGAUUAACUUCCGAGCCAUUGUAUAUUUAACCAAGUUGGCAGCACCGUAUCUCAUACAAACAAAGGGAAAUAUUAUAAAUAUUUCCAGUAUCAGCGGACAGCGCGUUUGUCCAAUUCUCGGCUUGAUGAUGUACUCAUCGUUGAAGGCGGCAUUGGACCAUUUUUCCAAGCAUGCGGCGCUGGAGCUGUCCCCUCACGGAGUCAGGCUAAACGUGAUCAGUCCCGGACCAGUGAAGACUGAUAUAUUAAAAAAUACUGAUAAAUUGGAGAACACAAACACACAUCACAUAAGUUGGGAUGAAUUCGCGAGUACGACGGCGCUUCACAGAGUAUCAGAACCUGAGGAGAUCGCGGAAUUUGCCUUCUUCCUUAUCUCCGAAAACGCUAAAGGAAUAACUGGGUCGGUCGUCGUCCACGAUAAUGGAAAAAUUUUAAAGAAUUGAAGAAACAAUGAUAUGUAAUCGUAUAUUUGCUUUAUUGUGAAAUAAAUGUUAUUCAUAAAAAUGGA